AGCACUCGCCGAACACUUCAGCGAAUAGCAAUGAAGCUCACAAUUAUUGCCGUUUUUUACGCAGUUGCGGCUUUCUCUCUUGCCACUGCAACAUCGACAGAAAUCGCGAAGCCGCUUGGAGACGACUGCAACACGACUGCAUCUCCUACCACAGUAAAUUAUUGUCCCAUUUGUUCGUGCAAUCCACCACCAAACUGCAUACGACGUCAAACUCCUAUAAGAUGCUUGAUCAAAUGCCCGAAUCCGACUCCAGCAGAUUGAUGCAGUAAAAGCAAUCAUGUCCUUCUGUUGUGCUUAUAAAUAUUCACUUAAUGAAUAAAAUUACUG